GUAAUUUUCGAUUUCACGCUUAAGAGUUUUAAUUUCACGCCGCCUCAAUCAUCUCUCUCUAACUCACCUUCUCGUUUCGGGCUCUCAUCUCACGCCGUCGCCGGCGUUCAAUCUCUCUCCUUCUCAGUCUUCGGUCGUCUCUCCUUCUCAGAAGUCUCUCAAUCUCCCAUCUUUCAAUCUCCGAUCGUCGCUCGCGCUCGGCUCUCUCUCACCAUGGCGUUGCAGGACUAACCAAUCGGAUUAUUUUUCUCAAGAAGUUUUUGAUUUGAGGAAAUUCCAUCUUUUGAUUCAAGUAAUCAGAAAACUCACAAGUUGUUAUUAUGGGCAAACCAGUCUCCCGGUCGGAUGUGAAAUCUAAAGCUGAACGCAAAUUUGAGAAGAAGGUCCAGUUUUAUGAGAGAGUUGGAGAAACUAUUACUACCUUGAAUGCUCAAAAGAGUAUUACUAAGAAGAAAAACCAUCGAAGACGUAAAAGAGACUUGAAGGCUUUUGAUCUUUCUACACUUUCAGAGUUUCUUCCUGGAUUGGAGGCGACAAAACAAAAACCUUCUGCAGCCGAGUUAAAACUAAAUUGCAAGUCUAGGCUAAAAUUCAUAUUGAAGGAGAGAAAGCAAAUGGGUACUGUUCUUAAUCACCCUGUGUUUCAGGCAGACCCAUUGAGAGCUGUUCAGCUACAUUUAGAGGGCACACAACCAAUUGAGGAACCGAAGAAAAAGAAAAUGAAUAAAAAUGGGAGCAAAAAAAGGAAAGAGAAGAAGUCAAAAGCCUCGGCAAAACCUUCAUCUAUGGAGAUGUGACUAAUCUUCUUUUGCCAUGUAAGCCUCUUUGGUAAAUACUUACAUGCUCAUUUUGAUCCGUGAGAUUAACUUGUUUGUUAUCAUUAACAAGUUGAUCUCGCUUGAGCUUUGAAUUUUCUCCUGGAAUCAGAUUCCGGUAGGCAAUUCUUGUUUUUGAAUGCAUAGGCAACCCACCUUCAUUUUGUUUGUUUAUAGAUAGGAGCAGCUCCCCUGCAAACAUUGUCAUGAUAUUUUAAAUAUUAUCUUUGACUGAAAUAAUGGUCUA